GAGUGACUGGUCCUUAUCACCCCAGCUCCCUUUUCUUCCCGCUCUGUCUCCUGCCUCUUCCAGAAGUCUGUGGAACUCGGAGAGCUCAUUGAGAGCAGUCUUGCCUCUGUGACUGGGAACCUACACGGGAGGAACAGUGUCCUGGCACAGACGCGAUGCGGUGUUCCAUCAGGAAAUGCUUCAUACUCUCAGUGGGCAUUGUAUUCCUGUGGCCCUUCAUCACUUUGAAAAUCCCCAAGGAAACUGAAGACGAUCAAAAUGUGAUGACUAUCAAAGGCCAAGUAGCAAGCCUUGAGCUUCCUCAGUUUGGGAACUGGGAACGUAGGGUGGAAAUGGUGUGGACAGGCAGAUUCUUGAAAGACCCUGGGCUUUCCUUCCUCCUGUACCUUUUAACCUGAGAGCAGGAAGCUCCAAAGGGAAUGGGGGUAUGGAUCCAGGUCUAUUAGUUCUCCACAUUCGUUAAGACGAAGAAGACAGCAAAUACUGCUUGAGCCCUGGAUAUUUUAGCCAAUGGCCAAGCAUCCUGAGAAUGUGCUGGGCUCACUCUAGGGAAAAUGGUUCACUCCACUUUCCCCAGAAAAGCUUAUGGGAAGCCACUGGGGUAUAAACUUUGUUCUUUUUAUGAAAUGAUAUAUAUGUUUGCCCUUGUCAAUGCUCCAGGAGGCCAGUUAUAACAGCAGGAAGGACCCAAGACCACUAGAAGAUUGGCAGAACCUCACCUUCAAAUAUAUGGAAAAAAUCCAGAAGAGAAGAAAGAGAUGGCUGACUGUGGGGAUCUCCUCAGUGCAGCAAGGAGAUGGAAGCAGCCUCUUGUACACACUGGUCUCCCUGUUCCGUGUUUCUUCUAAGGCUGAGCAGAAACGUCUCACGGUGCUGGUCCACCUGGCAGACUCUGAUCUCACCUGGCUCAGAGAAACCGUUGCCCAUAUUUCAAGCCUCUUCAGCCCACAGAUCUUGGAAGGGCAGUUGCUACUGAUCCAUGCCCCAUCUGAUGCCUACCCGACUGUGGACAGCAUCAGGGAUGAGGCCUUUCAUGGAGAAUUCUACUCCAAGCAGAACAUAGAUCACGCCUUCCUCAUGAGCUUUGCCACAACGCUCUCUGAUUACUUCCUGUUAAUAGAGGACAAUGUCUUUAUUGCCCCCAACUUUGUCACCCACAUUUAUUCAAGGGUGGCCACCAUGAAGUCCAACCCAUGGGUGCUACUGGAGUUCUCCAAUAUGGGCUUCCUUGGCAAACUCUUCCACAGCAGGGACCUCCCACUCCUGGCCCAUUUCCUCCUCCUCUUCUACAAGGAGAAACCCCUCGACAGCCUGAUUUCUCAUUUCCGUACCCUCCUGGUCCAGGAAAGCCCAGUCCUCUGCAGACCUUUCCUCUUCUACCGCAGGGUCUCCUACGCUGCCUUUGAUCACAAGCAGAAGGCCACAGGACUUCGGAAAAUGAACGCCAUUGGUCCCGAUAACCCACCUGCAGCUGUCUUCACUGAUAUGCAGGUUUCCAAUGUGCAUUUCCCCUGGGAGGCCUACACUCUGGAUGAGUCAUUCUUUUGGACACACAACAUUAGUAUAGGAAACCACCUGACAGUGGUUCUGAACCAUCCAGCAAACCUGAGCAGGGUGCAAGUGAUGACGGGCUCCAUUGUGGAUGGGAGGUAUGCCCUGGAGAAGGGGCAGGUGGAGCUGGGCUACGAACCUGAGGGGAUGCCUCAGCACUGCACCAGCUUCGCCUUGCUGGGACAUCUUUCGGAGGGGCAGAUGGAUCAAGAGAUACUUCUGAAAGGUAUGGGGUACCACGUGAGCUGUGUGAGGCUGGUGGUGAAAGCUGGUCAGGCUGGGGGACUCAUAAUCAGGCAUAUCUACCUCUGGGAGAAAAAUGCCAAUUAGCAGCAAGUGGAUCAAUGCUGAAGACAAAUCAGUAGGGGGAUGAAAAAUUAAAAUCUUAAAGCCAUUUUGUUCUAGCCUAUUUGAGUGGCAUAGGGGAGACACAAGGGAAUUAAGGGCCAAGAGAGCGGACUGUCAGUCUUUUGGUGCCACCAAGAUGUCAGGAGACUUGUUGCUUCCUUUCUACCCAAACAGCUCACGUAGAAUAUCUUUUGCUGGGGCAGAUAUAACUUAUCCAAAUUUGGGAUGAGUUGUUGGUCACUCCUAAAAUCUUCAGAUACCUGGGAUGCUAGAUCAGCCCAAAUCAAGGCAUCUGCAUAUAUGUGUGUGCAUGCACGUGGAUGCACAUCUAUGUCCACACAUAGGCAGAGGUGGGGGUGAGGUAUGUGGUCACAGGAAGGCAGGCAGGAAAACCACAGCUGAAUCCCUAGAACUGACAUCAUAAAAAGCCACGAAAGGGACUCUCAUUGGAAGUCAAAAUCU